AGCUGCCAAAUAAUCUCUGUACAUUUUCAUUACAAAUGUUGACUUUUUUGUGGUACAUAACAAGAGCUUUGGACUGCGAUUAAUGAUUAAGGAUACACCAAUUUGUGAUUAGUUGGUUAAUGGCAAAAAGGUGCAGCCAAACAAGGUCUCUGCUAAUUUCCUCUACAAAAGAACAGUGUGUGAAUAAUUGAUGGCAAAUAACUGAGAUUGGCUUGUAGUUUCAUUUUUUUACAUUUGUUUUACCAUGGGCCAGAGUCUCAAUGGGGAGGAGAACGAGGAGCUGGAGUUGUCAGAUAUUCAGCCACUCUACACAGCUUUUAUGAAAAAAUGUCCAAGUGGAGCUUUACAUCUUCAUGAGUUCAAGAGCCUCUUUGGAGUGCAAAGUUUGUCAGAAGAGGAGAGUCUUUACAUGGAGACAAUAUUCAGCUCAUUUGACUCAAAUAGGGUUUGUUAUGGAAUCCAUAUGCUCAUGUUGGACAACGUGAUGGAUUUCAUGGAAUUUGUGGCUGCAGUGCACCUGGUAUUUCGAGGAAAACUGGAGGACAGAUUGAAGUGGUCCUUCAAGGUCUAUGAUAGAGAUGGGAAUGGAAAAAUUGACCGGCAUGAGGCCCGGCACAUCAUAAGGAUAAUUUACAAAAUAAAGAAAAACAACUCAGACAUGACACCAGAUGAAAUUUGCAACAAAAUAUUUGAACUUGUUGACCAAAAUGGAGAUGAUCAGAUUUCCCUGGCUGAGUUCUUGGAAGGGGCUCAGAAAGAUGCAUGGAUCAUGGACCUGCUAAAGCUAGAUGUAAAUGCCAGUGGAUGGUUCAAAGAAAGCAGGAAGAGGACCCUGAUGGAAUGAUGGAGUAUGUGGAAUAUUGAUAUAAUGCACUCUGUGAGGAUCUGAUUGGAUCAUAUCUGCUUUUCUGGACUAUAUCGAGUUCUAAUAAGCUACCUUGCCUUCUUCUGUCUGUGGACACACAUAGCUACCACAGUUGUUCUGGCAACAGACAAAAAGGCCUUCAACUGAUAAGAACUAACACUACAGUUGACUCUUAAGAUAAAAAAAAAAAAGGAAAGAAAAGGAAACCGCAAAUACAACCGAAUACUGCCACUAUACCCAAAUAACCAGAUGCUGUACACAUUUUUUGUUCAAAAGUGAGAAAGAGGGAAAGGAUACAGCGAGGAGGCGCAGCAUCCAGAUGAGCACAUUUUGUACCCUGUUCAUGCAUAGUCUUUACGUGACACCUAAACCCUCAGGGACAGCAUGCUAAUGCUUUAGCCAUCCGGCACAUCCUCAGAGGAAAUAUACUGCUUGUUGCCAAGGCUGAAGGUUUGAAUUAGGUCCUUGCGAGGGUGAUACGAGAGUUACCUGCCUUGACCAGUAAUCUGUUUGAGGCAGCGCCUCAAAUCUAAAUGAUAGACACUUUGCCAACAAUGAUGUUGUGUUAAAUGCAAAGCGUCGUUGUACUGUACAGUAUGUGAUUGUUGUCAUAGGCCUUCACAGUAUAGGGUGGAGAAUUGUGAUCUCCUUGAAGCCUGACUCUCAUUCAUGUGGUAGUUUGUGUCCAGAUCCAAUUUUAAUAAAAUCUAAAUAUUCUCUUGUACGAAAUUGAAUAGGUCACUUUAUUGGUUGACCACGCCUGGCCUUUCUACUGUAAUAUCCUAACAAUUGAACCUCAUGGCUAGUAAACUUUGUGAAUGGAUAGAACACACUGAAUAAUCCUGUUGUGAUUGUGUCAAGUCUGUAGUUAUCAAUCCUACUAUUUAGAAAUCCAUGAAACAUUUCCUCGUGGCUUGCCUUUGCAAGGAUUUGGGUAGAUUCGACAUGCCUUUUAUAAAAAUGUAUUUGUA